AUGAACGAAGAUGUAACAUCAGCGCGAGAGCAACUCUGCGCUGAUUAUUUUUUUGGUAUACAGGUAAAAUCGGGUGAGCUCCCACACAUGGUAGACCAACAACGCCGUCGCGAGAAAAGUCGAAUUCUAGCUGUGGCAGAUAAGGCAUAUAGUAAUGACUUGGUCUUAAUUGUAGUUUGUGGAAGUCGAGUCUUCCAAGCGCAACCCAUAAAGAUGCGGUUCUCAAAACCAUCAAAGUCAGAUCGCUUUGAAAUCUUUGUGUAA